AACACAUUACACAUCCGAGGGUGAAAGGCCCAAAUCGUAGGGUAAAAAAUCCCAAAUAGGGUUCCGAAUUAGUAAUCGCAAAGAAUCCCAAAUAGGGUCUGGAAUUUCGAUAGAUGUAAGAUUGCGGUGAACGUUCAAAUUCCCGCUUGGAGAAAUUUCUCUAUUAGUUUUUCCAAACCUAGAGAGAAUCAACAACGUACAUACAUCUCAUCUUCGCACAUUUACCCAACUAGUUACAGUUUCUGUUAGUCGCAGAGAACAAAUCAGAACGCAGAAAAUUCUCUCUACCAGAUCCGAGUUUGGCAUUUGGGUGGGUUGGGUCAUACAACAUGACUUCUUCUGUUGAUGAUCCCUCCGAUAAUAGUGAAGCUGACGAGCAGCAAAAUCACCCACAAGAUCAAGCCCAUUCGGCAUCUCCAGCAACAGGGAUGCCUCAUCCUGGAAUUACAACGCCAAGCAUUCAAUAUGCAACACCUUCUUUAAUAGGGCCUGGGAACGCAAUGGGGCAAGCAGCUUACCCCUAUCCGGACCCUUAUUACAGAAGCAUCUUUGCUCCCUAUGAUGCACAGCCGUAUCCUGCACAGUCUUAUACCGCACAGCCCAUGGUCCACCUUCAGUUGAUGGGCAUCCAGCAAGCUGGUGUUCCUUUGCCUUCUGAUGCUGUUGAGGAACCUGUGUUUGUAAAUGCAAAACAGUAUCAUGGUAUCUUACGGCGUCGGCAAUCUCGCGCGAAAGCUGAACUGGAGAAAAAAAUGGCGAAGUCUAGGAAGCCAUACUUGCACGAAUCUCGACAUUUGCAUGCACUGAAAAGAGCUAGAGGAUGUGGGGGUCGUUUUGUCAAUUCAAAGAAGAACGAAAACCAACAGCAAGAGGAAGCCUCGGGGGACAAAGCACAAGCCAAUACCAAUGUCAACUCCGACCAGAACAAUCUUGCUCCAUAAGAAAGCUCAUCCUGAUGUUUUUUUCUAUCCAAAGCAUAUUUACCAUGCAUGCAAUGGGGACACCAGAAGAUACCUUUAUUCUCCCAGCGAUGCUUGGGAAGCUACAGAAAAAUCAGCUUAAACUAGUCUUGGUCUAACCGGUUUAUAUAGGUUGGUUGCUCUCCUCCACUCUUCGCUCAGUAGUGUGUAUAGAUUUCAGAGAUAGAAUGGUUAAGUGUUUCGGAAGUGCAUGGGAGUAAUAUUCCAGUUUUCUGUGGACAUCUCAUUGGGCUUGAGCUUGUGGUGAGAUCGAUGAAGUUGUACCUUGCAAUUAGAGUCACGUUAUUGCUUUGUUUGCUGUUGCUAUGUAGCAUUAGCCACAUUGUAUUCCUAUUGGUUGUCAAUAUACUGAAUAAGUUGAAUUUGGUGUA